AGUUAAAAAAUAAUAAAACAAUGUUCAAAAGUAUAAUUAUUGCAUUAACAACACCACCAAUUAAUAGUAAAAAUAAUAAUCUCCCAAAUGGCGUUAUUGCAGGUUCACAAUUAGAUUCAGAAAAAGAAAAAAGAAAAUCAAAAGAUGUUACUAAAAUUGUUGUAGUAGGUGGUGGUGCUGGUGGUCUUUCUGUUGCGUCUCAAUUAGAACAUAAUUUCAAAUCAAAAGGUGAUAUUGUUAUCAUUGAACCAAGCGACAAACAUUACUACCAACCACUUUGGACUUUAGUUGGAGGUGGUAUUUUUUCAAGAAAAGAUAGUGAAAAGGAUGAAAAAGAUUGUAUCCCAAAAGGUACUACAUGGAUGAAGGAUUCUGUUACUCAAUUUAAACCAGAGGAUAACAUUGUUUUAACUAAAGAUGGUAAACAAGUUGACUAUGAUUAUUUGGUUGUUGCAACUGGUUUAGCUAUUCAUUGGGAUAAAGUUAAAGGAUUAAAAGAAAAUUUGGGUAAAAAUGGUGUUACAUCAAACUAUUCAUACGAUAGCUGCGAAAAAACAUUUGAUUUCAUAAAGUCAAUGAAACCAGGAAAUACUGCAAUUUUUACAUUCCCAAAUACAGGUAUUAAAUGUGGAGGUGCCCCACAAAAGAUUAUGUGGUUAGCUGAUGACUAUUUUAGAAGACAAGGUAUGGCCAAUAAAAUCAAUAUUCAAUUUAAUACAGCUGGUGUUUCAAUGUUUGCAGUAAAGAAAUACUCUGAUGCUCUUGAUACUAUGGCCAAAGAAAAAGGUAUUACUCAAAACUUUAAGUACAACCUUAUCGAAAUCAAAGGUGAUGCUAAAGAAGCUAUCUUUGAAACACCAGAAGGCAACAAAACAGUAAAGUACGACAUGAUUCACGUUACUCCACCAAUGGGUGCCCCAGACGUUAUCAAGAAUUCACCACUUGCCGAUCCAGCUUCUGGUUUUGUUAAUGUUAAUAAAGAAACCCUCCAACAUGUAAAAUAUGAUAAUGUUUUUUCAUUGGGUGACUCUUCGAAUUUACCAACCUCAAAGACUGCUGCCGCUAUUACCUCUCAAGCACCAGUUUUAGUUAGUAAUUUAAUAUCACAUAAAAUGGGACUCCCAUUAAAGGCCAAAUAUGACGGUUACACAUCAUGUCCAAUCACCACAUCUUAUAACAAACUUAUUUUAGCAGAGUUCAAAUAUGGUAACGAAGUAGCAGAAUCUUUACCAUGGGAUCAAUCAAAAGAAUCUUACUUCCCAAUGUUUCUUAAAAAGUAUGUUUUCCCAUUUGCCUACUGGAAUGGUAUGUUAAAUGGUCAUUGGUUUGGUAAAAAUUUACUUUUGAAUCCAGUCGAAACUCCAAAAAUAAAUAAAUAA